AAGUGCUAGCAAUGCAGCCGAUCUCCAUGGAGCGAGCCCUUUCCCCGGCUUUCCUCCCGGAUUGCUGCGCCUUUUAUCCGGCUCCGUGCGCUAGCGCCCCAGAGGCGCCUCCAGCCGGGAAGCGAGCCUUCACGGUGGAGUUCCUGCUCUCCGAGUCUCCCCCCGAGAGAGCUCCCUGCACUGAGCAGACCUUCCAGCCCUACCCCUGUGUCCCACUGCCCGCCUCCUGCCCUGUCCUCUGCCAGGCUCCAGGUUACUACCGUUCGCCCUGGCACAGCUGCUUCAACAUGUACCGUGCAGAUUGGACGUUCAGUCCAGCUCCCCUGGUACACGCCAGCCCUGCCAGAGGAGUCAAGUUAAAGCGCUUCAGGGCUAUCUUCACCCAAGAGCAGCUCUCAGUGUUGGAGAGGGAGUUCAGGAAAAACCACUACAUCAUUGGUCCUCAGAGGGUGGCUCUGGCUGCUGCUCUGGGCCUUACAGUACUACAGGUGAAGGUCUGGUUUCAGAACAGGCGGAUCAAAUGGAAGAGGGACACUGAGAAACAUCAAAGCAGACGAGCAGUGUGUGAGGAAGGGGAUGUGGAAGAUACUGAAGGUGGACACUGAAGAUGGCCAUUAACCAUGGAAAAGGCGGGCAAUCUCCCAGAGGAGUGGGAAGUGCCUGGAACUCUGGGAACAUCAGUCAUUUGGGGGGUUUCCGUUUGACCAAUUUCACCUUUUCUCAAAUGAACUGUUAUACUUCUGUAUGUAAAGACAAACCAAGACUUGUUAAACAAGAUUUGUUUCCUUGUGAAUGUCUGGUUGGGUGCAAGGAGCUCCGUUCUAUGGAGAUGUGGACUGAUUUAAUUUAUAAAUCAUAGUUGGUCGGGAUCCCUUGUUUGUUGUGAUUUGUUGCUCCAGGUUUAAGUGAUUUCACCUGUUCUUGCUUGUAGAAAUUUUGACUAUUUUUAGAAUAUGUUGUUAUGAUGCUCCUGUGGAACCCAGCGUUCUGACUCCUUAUUUGCAUGUUUGCUCACCCUACAAAGUUGUAGUUACACUGACAUUUUGGGAUCAAUUAGACUAGCAAUGCAGAGCUGGACGCAACUAGUGGGUUAUGAACACCUCGUGGUGGUCAUUGCAUAUCAGUUGGGUCUUGGUGCAGUGUCACGCCAGGCGAAGUCUCCAAUCAGUAAGGGUGGGGGUUUCCUCUAGGCCGAUGAGUGAACUUGGACGGGCAGAUCAUGCUGUGGGAUAAUGGAUGUCGGAGAUGCGCUGGAACACUCUGAAGAAGGGCCUGAGGUAGAAGUCCCAAGUUAGCCUUGUUCCUCGAGCUCCUUAGGUGGAAUGAUAUUGUAGCCCCUGGACCUUCUUGCACAACCUGUUUGGGUAAUGGUCUACCUCUGUAUCAAUUUACUCACCUUUUCAUUUAUCUUGAUACCUUUACUUAAUCUUUCAACUUCUGUCUGGACUUUCUGUCUUUCAGAAGUACAGGUUGUACUGUAUUUUUGUUCCAUGACCCUUCAGUAUUGCUGCUGUUUGCCUUUUCAGGGUAUUUUUGUCCACGUCUAUUUGGAACUGGCUAGAGAGCAGAUGACCAAAUCACUGAUCCAGAUUGCCGAGUUGAACUUCCUUUCUUCGACUGAGGACAGAAAUUCUGAAUCAAGUCCUUAAUGAGAACAAUCAUGGUUUUCCCACUCACAUCAGAUAUUGAGGGGACUAGGCUGAGGCUGUGACUCAUGGUACAAAUGGCAAAAUAUUCUCCAGAUCUUCUCAAAAUCAUAAUACUGGUGUUAAAAAAAGUAAAUAACAAACUCUCUUGCAAUCCAGGAGCUACAGUUAUAACUGAUAUGCAUAAACUGUGAGCCCAGUUCCUUCUUAAAGGUAAUCCAAAAAUUAAUUUUAGUAGUCAUUAAUAAGGCAAUCAACAAAACUUGAUUUUGACCUCACAGCCAAACCUCUAGGAAAUAUUGCCAUCACGAUCAUUCACAUUUUAAUUUAGUUAUUGUUUUCAUUGAUUUAUUGGUAUCUGGGGUGUUUACUGUUUUUGCUUCUUUUUAAAAGGAGGCUGUUUUAACAUUAUUUUUUAUCAGACUUGAUGACCAAACAAUAGUGAAAAACCGAACAUUAUCACAUCAAUCAUCUUGCCAAGGGUACCAGCCAAGUAUGCUCACUCCCCAUUAAUGAAUACAUAAUAUAUUUGUUUAAAUUACCAGCUUUAUUGCAAUAAAUGUUAUUACUUUAA